GUCGGCAACAAGCGCGAACAUCUCUACAAGAUUCUCAUUAUCGGCGAGCUCGGCACGGGAAAGACGUCCAUCAUCAAGCGCUAUGUGCACCAGUUCUUCUCGGACCACUAUCGCGCCACCAUCGGCGUGGACUUUGCGCUCAAAGUGCUGCACUGGGACCCCAACACCACCGUGCGGUUGCAGCUGUGGGAUAUCGCAGGCCAGGAGCGUUUCGGCUCGAUGACGCGCGUCUACUACAAGGAGGCGGUGGCGGCGUUCGUCGUGUUCGACGUAUCACGCUCCGUCACCUUCGACGCCGUUAUGAAGUGGAAAAACGACCUGGACCAGAAGGUGCAGCUGGCUAACGGCGACUGCGUGCCCUGCGUGCUGCUGGCAAACAAGAGCGAUCUUCCGAAGGAGGGUAUAGUGACCACGCCCGACAAACUGACUGAAUGGGCGAAACAGCACGGCUUCAUGGGAUGGUUCGAGACGUCGGCUAAAGAAUACACCGGCAUCGAAGAGGCAGCCAACUUCCUUGUCGCCAAGAUCCUUACCAACGAGAAGAGCGGCAUCAUGACGUCUGAGGAUGAGGACCUGGACACGCUGGUGGUCGGUGACGGCCAGCCGGACCGGAACUGGUGCAGCUGCUAACCGGGCUCCUUCCCCUCGGCGGAGCGCCGCCUGUCGCUGCCUCGGACCGCGCCGCCCGCGCCCGCAGCCAGGACCCGCACCGGCGGCGGCACAACAUGUGCCGCACGAACGCCUCGUGCGCCACGUUUGCCACGUGUUUCCAGUGUGCUCGUGCCCGACGCUAGGCCGGCUGUACUCGAGGGUCCGGCGCCGCCAUGUCGUCGGACGAUAUUGCCUCUCGUGUCGCCGCGGGUAAAAUCGGCGUGAGCAGGGUGGUGUUUUUUUGUGCUUGAAUGAGGCUGGCCUGUGAAAGAUGCAGCGUCGGCUCGAUGUUCAAUCUGCGCUGUUUUGGUACCAUUUUAUGCCGAAUUUAUCUUUUUCAUGCAACUGCUUCAUAACAGCUAGGUUAUUCUCAUUCUACAUAGUUAGCAUGAUAGGAGUUCGGGUUAGUUCAAUGCCGUAUUUUUCGUGGUCCCAAUUUCAUCGUUAGCUCUACUCCGGUUUGGUGCCGGUGCGAGUCAAGUUGAUUCGAAGCGAGUCAAGUCGAGUCAGUUCGAUUCGAUUUCAUCGAAUCCGACCAAUUUGCUGCCGGCGUGACACCAGCUUGAUUCUCUAUAGAUUCGCUUCGUUGCGGGCAACGACCGAUUAUUGAAUUCGAGUAAGAGAGGCCAUCUACAUAUAGGCAAGUGCUGGUUAUUGCAGCUGGUAGCCAUAAUUGGCUCAGAACGGAUAUCGACAUGGGAGCCAUAUGCUUUUUAUGGUGUUUUAUUUGUGUGCGCAUGCACGAGUUUGUAACCGAGUAUGUUCUUUAUAUGGGCAGCCGUGUGUUGCGCUCAUGAGCUCGCUCGGGGUGGCUGAACACUAGGCACGUGCCUACUCGUGCGGGGCUGUUUUAUUCUCGCUCGCCCAAAAGUUGCCGGACGGUACAUCGCAAUGUUGUCGGCCAUAUUUAGCAGUUCGCGUGCCAUAUAUCUUACCGCUUCGAUUUCGAUUUUCAUGGAUUUUAGGUACCGGUAUUGGGAAUGUGUCGGACUCAGUCGUGGUGUUCAUAUAUGAUUGAGGUGGGUGGCGUGAUGAAUGAUGCCUUGUGGAGCGAAAGAAGUUAUUCUAAUACAUUUCAGACAUGA